GCGAGGAUUGUUUUAAUUCUUUUGUUUGUAAAUCUUGUUUCUACCAUUUUCUCGUCUCGUUGUUUAUAGUAUUUUAUCUAUUGGAUACAUUCCUGCUCUUUAGCUGGUUUGAUAGCUGUUCCGCCAUCAUGAAAGCUGCAAAUAAAGUACAUAUAAAGGAGGAAGCAGAAUUCGCACCAGAAACAAAGUGUAUAAAGUUAGAAGAAGUCAUUGUAAAGAAUGAGAUAUCUGAACACACAACAUGCAAUGGGGAUAUGGACUGGAAGAACAGAAUAGUUGCUGGCCUCAGCGAAGCAGCACAGGCUCGCCUGUAUGAAGACCAACAUGUUAAAAAUGAAUUUGAACAAGUGAGAUGCAAUGGGGAUAAAGACUGGAUGAACAGUGCAGUUGCUAGCAUCAGCGAAGUGGCAAAGGCUCGUCUGUACGAAGACCAUCAAGUUAAAGAUGAAGUACAGGCUCGCCUGUAUGAAGACCAACAUGUUAAAAAUGAAUUUGAACAAGUGAGAUGCAAUGAGGAUAAAGACUGGAAGAACAGUGCAGUUGCUAGCAUCAGCGAAAUGGCAAGGGCUCGCCUGUAUGAAGACCAUCAAGUUAAAGAUGAAGUAGUGGUAGGCCCAGAGGUUCUGCUCCGACAGAAAAGUACUUUUAUUGAAUGUUCCUUUUCUAGGAUGCACUUCUUCAAUAUUUGGCACUCAGAUCUUCGCGGUGCUUCCGAUUAUAAACGAAAACGCCACAUGUUUAAAGUUCUUAAGUCUUACUUCGAGAAUACCGAGAACAUAGAUUUUACUGGUCUAGAAAGGUGUGUACAUAAUUUAUGCACGAAUUUAAGGGCAUAUUGGAACAAAGUAAGUCGUAGUAAAAAAACGGUUUUAGUAAAAUAUGCACAUUGGUUAAAUAAAGUCGUGACAAUACGCUUACCAUGUUACAAAAUGGAACAGUGCACACUCGAACAAAAUAUAGCAAGUCCAUCUGAUCCAUCUAGUGGAUGUGAUAGAUGUCGCGGCAAAGACAUUUUUGAGCAUAGAGAGCUGCUAAUAGAUCAUAAAAAUUCUAAGGAGACACUGUCCAAUACGAGUUUCACAAAUAUCGUUGCCGAAGAAAUGGUGGAUCUUGUUGAAAAGGCCAAAUUAACAAGACAACAAUAUCUGGUUAUAAGUAAAUUCUUUAACAAUAAGUUUCCUGAUUUUUUACCAACUUGUAAAAGAGUGUUCAAAGCUAGGAUAAGGUGA